AUGGCAGACAAGGAUCCGGAAGCUGACAAAUCUAGCAUUUUUGACCUAGUUGUUCAAGCAGAUCUUGUCGGUCUUAAAGAGGCUCUAUCUACGAAACAAGUAGAUCUCGAGGCACGAGAUUCAGCGGGCCGAACUGCGCUACACCUAGCUGUUAUUGCAGGGACGGCAGAAAUUUGCCAAUAUCUGAUUGACCAUGGCGCCAAUCUGGACAAUUGGACUGGGCAAGGUGAAGCAGUUGUGCAUUUAGCUGCUAAGAGGGGAGAUGUUGAUAUUCUGCGCACCGUAAUGGAAUCGGUGUCGACAAAAGAACGGAAAGUUCAGAGCGAAGAUCAACCUUCUAGCGAUAAAAGGGACCGAAGUGUGGACGUGGAUUCUCUGACGAAAAAGUACCGGAUGUCACCUCUCUAUAUUGCUGUCGCACUUGCACACGUAAAAGCAGCAGAGGCAUUGUUGACCACCUACCGUGCGAAUGCCAAUAUCAUUGCUGGUGAAGACAACGCCCAGCGGGGUACACGAACUGCUCAUGUUCUUGAAGCGGCUUUGCAACACCCUCGAGAUGUUUGUCGCCCCCUGCUCACAAUGUUACUUCAGCACGGUGCAAGUUUGCUUGACCCAUCUGAAAAGACGGUAUCACGGUCGCUCCUUUUGCUAGCUCUGAAGCGAGAUGAAGAUGUACUCGAUAUAUUUGCUGAGCUCGACAACCAAAAUUUCAUGGCUGCAAUCACAAAGUCUGUCUGGUAUGAGAUGAUGAGUUGUCUCAAUACACUAACCAUGGCUAUCGAAUCUGGGCUGGAGAACACUGCUUUGAAACUCCUCAAAUACGGGGCGCCACCACAGCUUGAGUUCAACUCUUCGUUGGAGAUCGUUGCUCUCCGCAACCCAUUUGGAAGGAACGCUGAGGAAGCGGCCAAAGAUGACUUUUGGCAGCCAAUCUUGAAAGCUGCUAUGAAAGAAAUGCCGCGGCUAAUGAUCGAUCUAUUAGACCGUGGAGCAGAUCCCAAUUCCACGCUAACAGACCACCAAGCUCAGUACAUGCUUGAUCAUCGCGAGUGCCGCACUGUUUUGGAUAUUGUCAAGGCGAAACUCAUGGAGUUACGCAAUUGGAAUGCAGACGAGGAAACCUCUGGCUACGAUACCAGAGGAACACCGGAGGAAGCAAAACAGAUCGCAGGAAAGGAAAAUGCGGUAUCUCAGCUUAUUAAAGAAUAUGAAGCCGCAGAAGCGAAAUUGGUUUCCAUGGGAGCCAAGAUAUCUGACGGAUUGAACUUGCAAGAACCACCAACCCCAGUUUCCAUCCGACCUCAUAAGAAACUUCAGUUACACGCCCCUAGUUCCUCAGAGGCAGAGACUCAAACACAGCAACACUCGGAAGAACUCGACUUCAGAAAAUUAGAAACACUGGAGGAUGGUCAUCAAGCUCUAUUUUCAGCGUGCAGAGAGGGGAAUAGUACACUGGUUAAAGCACUCACCUUGGGAAGAUGGGGCCCAGACUUGAAGUUUCCCCCCAUUUUAGUAUCUGCCGUAUCUGGCUAUUCCAAAGGUCCAUUCCUCACCGCCGUGGAGUCUAAAAACUACGACAUAGCCCGUACUGUCGUUCAAAUUGCCACUGUCCAACAAGCUGGCCUUGCAGACAACGAGAAGAAUGACCUAUACAACGCAUUAGCCGAUGGUCAGCACCCAGUUGAAAGCAUCAAAGACGCCUUAGGAGAGGUCCAGUCCACUGUACCUGCAAAGAAGAUUGUCUUUGACAGUGGCAGUUGCUUCGCGGGGGAAAAACAAAAGGAUGUGGAGAUGCUGCGAUUUUCAAUCGAAAUGGAAUCUUCGGUUUCGGUCGAACAAAGCGACUUCGACCGCCGCAUCAGACAUGCAUGGGCUCUGGUGGAACACGGUGAUUGGCCCGAAGCCUUCGAAGAAUAUGUUAGAGCAACCGGUGGACCAUUCAAGCACGUUGUGAGUCAAGGUAAACUUAAAGGUAAAAGCCAACUUGACAGACUCCACCAAUUUUCGCCUUUGCUUCAAGCAGCCUGGUCAGGGAACCUGGAAAUGGUACGCUUCUUCCUCAACAAAGAUAGGGCAAUGGCAGCAUACAAGCACUUUGCAGAGAAUCACGAUUUCACCACCCGAAAAGCUGGCCCUGAGCAAUCCCGAACAGAGUUUAUAACUGCUGUGGAGAAAUGGAUGGACAAUCGAAACAAUCUUGUUCUACACUGUGCUAUCGUCUCUCGAAACAUAGAGCUUGUCAAGUUUAUUCUGUCAGCUCGCCCAGAGUUACUCGAAGUCCAAUCUAUAGACGGGUGGACACCCCUUUUGACGGCCGCAAUCCACCAAAGAAUCGAGGCUCUCCUUAUCCUACUUGAAGCGGGAGCUAACCCCCUUGCUACUGAUCCAUAUGGCCGCAAUAUGCUUCAUCUUCUUUUAUUCAGUCCAACUGGAAGUUAUGUCUUCGAGCAUGAAAAGGUGGCAUCCGUACUUCGAUCAAUGGAUAGAUCAUUAUUGCAUCAGCUACUAGAGCAGCGUUGUAAUGAGAGUCCCGGCGGCCAGACACCACUCGCACGUUUGAUCUCUAAUCGACCCCCACCAAAUGCAGUAUUCACAGCUUUGUUAGAAAUCUCCAAUCUGACGCCACUGGAAAUGCUAGAUGGCGCGGGUUACACUCCCCUCCACAUUGUGACAAAUUCUUCCAUGGAAAAUCUUAUUCGUCCUGUGAUUGAAAAGGCACCCCAUGUCAUGUUCUACGAAGAUCCGCAAGGGCGAACACCUCUUGACGUUGCUAUCGAGAAACAGCUUCACGGAUUUAUAGAGUGUUUCAUGUCAAACUAUGCGCGAACCAAAGAAUACCCAUCGUCUUCUCCGCUCAUUCAUUGGCCGCUAUUUGCAUUUGGUACAGAUUACAGUGGCCCAAUGCAUACUAGAGAUCCGUAUCAAACAUGGGAAAUUAGUCAGGAGCUAGCCAAUUCACUGGGAUCUCAGCAAUUUCCCCGGAAGCUGGUUACACAGACUCAGCGGGAAGAGAUUGCAAAGUGGUAUGAAUAA